AUGCUGGCCAUGCUCGGGGACCUGUCCGAAAGGAUGAACCGGAUGGAGGUCUCCCAGAGAGAGCAAGGCGGCAAGAACUGGCAGGGCUCACCCGAGUCGAGUAUCGCCAGUCGGCAACAGGAGGUCGGAGCAGGGAUUAAUCUCCAGACUUUAAACCGUACCCCUACUAAGGAAUCCCCAAACGUGUCACCAGCAACCUAUUUCGGUAUUCGGCGACAACAACAGGCAGGUGUUGAAGGUCCUCACGCGAGAAAAGCAGAGGAAGGAGUCAACAUGGGUCAGGCACCCGUCCCUGGGAUAUACCGGGCAGAUUUGCCUGAAGGACGCUACCCCGGUAUGGGUAUGCCUAACGGUGUGUGUGUUUACCCUGGGCAGCCGGGAGUCGGCAUGCCGGACGCGCAACAGCGGAAGCUGGCAUUGCAACCUUUCGACGGAAAGGAGCUCUACCACGGCCUUGGCUGUGGAUUCAUGGAGUGGGGCAAAGAAUUUGUCAGACAAGUCGGGUUUGCUGAGCGAGCGUGUGGUUUCGUGUGGCCAGAGGACAUCAAGGUUGAUGUUCUAGGUCAGCACCUAGCCGGCAAGGCACAGACCUACUAUCGUCGUCAAGUGGAAACGUGGUGGUUUGAAAACCAAACCCUGGUACAUGCGAUGCAGAGACUACUGCAGUCCUCCACGACGAAGAUCUCGCCAGCACAAAGCUUGAAGUUGUUCACAGCACCCAAGGCAUCCCAUCGAAAAUGGACAGACCAUUUUCUGUACUUGACGGCCGUCAGUGACGCCUGUGGAGGUGCAGACAAUCUUGUGCUGGACAACAUCGUCCAUUAUGCUGACCCACACAUGCGAACGACGAUGUUGUCCAGAUUGGACUUUCAUCGCACCGAUUACCUGCGGCAAGCAGAAGAGUUGGCGCAAUUUGCCCAAUCGACGGAGUUGGACACUCACUCGAAGAGUUUUGGACGCGAUGUGGUGAACACUGUCGAGGUUGCGCAGGAGUUCAAGGAAAAACACAAAUCAAGACCGUCGCUACCUCGCACCGACACCCGGACUUGUUUCAAAUGCGGAGAAGUGGGUCAAAUUCGUUCGAGGUGCCCCAAAAUGAAGAAGAAGCCCUCGGGUGCAAACUACGUUUUCGCGGUUGGUCGCGGUGCGAGUCGCUCGCCCGGACAAUGGAUUCUCGACAGCGGUUCGAGUAGACAUUUGGUCAAUGACCCGAGUCUGCUGACUGAUCCGAUUGAUUGUCGCAGUGAGUGCAUGACUGCAGCCACUGAUGGAAGUGCGCUGCGGAUCACCCUUCAAGGUACUGUGGACAUCCAGGUCGUCGCACUUGGAGUCGUCAACACAGUGAGACUCCUCAAUGUUCACUACGCGGAAAACCUCGAGGGAAAUAUCCUUUCCUAUGGAUUGCUCGAGGCAAGGGUUGCGUUCUCGAAUAUCGAGGAAGGAGGCGCGUGUUGUCCUCCGGUGUGGGUGGUACUCCCAUCAUGGACGUGGAAAGUUGCAACAACGUGUUGGUUGUCGCGGUGA